CCCUCCCCCGCGCGCGGUCUCCGCGCCUCCCCCUUUCUGGCGUGCCCCCGCCUCUCCCUGGGGCCGAGAGAGCCAGCAGCCGCUGCGGCUCGAUCGGCGGGGAAGAGGACAUGGGGCGCCUCCAGCACCACCACCGCUCCCGGUCCGCCUCGUCCUUGGCGCGUUCCUCGGAAACCACCACCACCGAGCUCGACGCGCGCAUCCUAGGCUCCACCGCUGCAGCCUCCGUCGCCGCCGCGGAAGCCGUCGAGUGCCCCUUCGGAGGCGUCGAUGGCCUCUCCCGCGCCGAGCUCCGGGAGGCCGCGUACGAGGUGUUCUUCAUGUCGUGCCGCGCGGCCGGGGGCAGGGGAGGAGGGCUGAAUUAUUACCCGGCGGGUGGCGACAGCGGAGGGGACUGGUCGCCGACGAUCGGGGCCGGGCCGAGGGGCGGGACGGGCAUGAAUGUCGUCAGCAGCAGGGUCAAGCGGGCGCUGGGGCUCAAGGCGCGGCGGGCGUCGCAGCCCACCACCGUGCGGAGCAGCAUGAGCGCGUCGUCCGCCCCGGGGUCGCCCGGCUGGAUGCGCGCGGUGCGAGACCAGGCGCCGGGGUCGCCCGGGAAGCCGAGGCGGCCGAUGACCUCGGCGGAGAUCAUGCGGCAGCAGAUGCGGGUCGCGGAUCAGAGCGACGCCCGCCUGCGGAAGACGCUCAUGCGCACCCUCAUCGGCCAGGUGGGGAAGAAGGCCGAGACGAUCAUCCUGCCGCUUGAGCUUCUCCGGCAGCUGAAGCUCGCCGACUUCACCGACAGCGGUGAGCACCACCAGUGGCAGCGCCGGCAGCUCAAGCUCCUGGAGGAGGGCCUCAUCCUCCACCCGUCCCUCCCCCUAGACCGCCUCAACGCCCCCGUCCUCCGGUUCCGGGAGAUCAUGCAGGCCGCCGACGUCCGCGCCAUCGACACCGGCAAGGCCUCGGACACCAUGCGCGCCCUCUGCGACGCCGUGCUCGCCCUCGCCUGGCGCUCCGCUCCCGGCACUGGCCCCCCGGGCGAGGCGUGCCACUGGGCCGAUGGCUACCCUCUGAACGUGCUCCUCUACGUCUCGCUGCUCCAGGCCAUCUUUGACCUCAAGGAGGCGACCAUUGUACUCGACGAGGUGGAUGAGCUCCUCGAGCUCAUGACGAGGACGUGGACGACACUUGGCAUAGACAAGAUGCUGCACAACGUGUGCUUCGCUUGGGUUUUCUUCCAGCAGUACGUGGCCACGGGGCAGAUCGAGGCGGACCUCGCCGGCGCCGCGCUCACAAUGCUCUCGGACGUGGCAACCGACGCCAAGCAGGAGAGCCAUGAGACGAUGUAUGCCCGGGUGCUCUCCAGCGUUCUCGGGGCGAUACGCGACUGGUCGGAGAAACAACUGCUUGACUACCAUGAGAGGUUGGGGAAGGGCAUGAUUGGCACCGGCGUUGGUGCCAUGGAGAAUGCCUUGUCGUUGGCCCUUACCACGAGCAAAAUCAUCGCAGAGAGUGUGCCGGGCAUGGGCACCACUUUUGCGGACUCCGAGCAUGAUGGCGGCGGCAUAGGAGGCUUUGCCGGCGACCGUGUCGAUUACUACGUGAGGUGCUCCAUGAGAAGUGCCUUCACCAAGGUGCUAGAGAACGAGCUUGGGCAAGGAAACAGCAUGAUCAUCAACCGUGAUGACGAGCCCGGCGAGAUCCUGGCGCGGCUCGCCAAGGACACCGAGCAGCUUGCGCUGUCCGAGCGAGACAGCUUCAGCCCCGUGCUGAAGCGGUGGCACCCGUUCCCGGGAGCGGCUGCCGUGGUCACCCUCCACAGCUGCUACGGCGUCGUGCUGAAGCAGUACCUUGCCAAGGCCACCUGCCUGACCAACGAGCUCGUGCACGUGCUGCAUGCGGCGGGCAGGCUCGAGAAGGCCCUGGUGCAGAUGAUGGUGGAGGAUGUGGCGGACAGCGAUGACGGCGGCAAGUCUGUGGUGAGGGAGGUGGUCCCUUACGACGUCGAGGCCCUCGUGCUGCGGUUCCUCAGGACUUGGAUCGAAGAGAAGCUCAGGAUUGCCAGGGAGUGCCUCCUACGAGCCAAAGACACCGAGAGCUGGAUACCGAAGUCCAAAGGAGAGCCAUAUGCGCGAUCUACGGUGGAGCUGAUGAAGCUGGCCAAGGCGACCGUCGAUGAAUUUUUCGGCAUCCCAGUGACUGCGAGGGGCGGCAUGGUUCAGGACCUCGCCGACGGCCUGGAUGCGAUCUUUCAGGAGUACAUCUCCUUCCUCGCGUCUUGCGGCACCAAGCAGAGCUACCUCCCGUCGUUGCCGCCGCUGACGAGGUGCAACCAGGACUCCAAGAUCAUCAGGCUCUGGAGGAGGGCGGCGUCGCCGUGCCGAGCCACCGGGACGAGCCCGCGGGGCGGCGUGUACCCCGGCCAGAACGCGUCCUUCUCCGGCGGCAACAACCCACGCCCGUCCACCAGCCGCGGCACGCAGCGCCUAUACAUCCGGCUCAACACCCUCCACUACCUGCUCAGCCACAUCCACGCGCUCGACAAGUCGCUCUCCUUCUUCUCGCACGGCAGAUGCAGCUCGCCGACGUCCUCCGCCGCCAGCCGCCACCUCGCGCAGUCCACCCAUUUCGAGCACUCCCGCGCCGCGGCUCAGUCGGCGAUCGUCCGUGUCGCCGAGGUCGCCGCGUACCGCCUCAUCUUCCUGGACUCGCACCACUCGUUCUACGGCGGCCUCUACGUCGGCGCCGUCGCGGACGCCCGCAUCCGCCCCGCGCUCCGCACGCUGAAGCAGAACCUGUCGUUUCUCGUCUCCAUCCUCGUCGACCGCGCGCAGCCGGUGGCCGUUCGGGAGGUGAUGAAGGCCUCGUUCCAGGCAUUCCUGAUGGUCCUGCUCGCCGGCGGCAGCGAGAGGAGCUUCACGACGGAGGACCACGCCAUCAUCGAGGAGGACUUCCGGAGUCUGAAGCGAGCCUUCUGCACGCGUGGCGAGGGCCUGGUGGCCGAAGAGGUGGUAGAGGGCGAGGCCCUGGCAGCAGAAGGCGUCGUCGCGCUCAUGGGGCAGACGGCGGAGCAGCUCGUGGAUGAGUUCGGCAUCGCGGCGUACGAGACCACCGGGGCGGUCUCCGACAGGCAGCAGCUACCGAUGCCGCCGACGACCAGGCAGUGGAGCCGCACGGACCCAAACACCAUCCUGCGCGUGCUGUGCCACCGCGACGACGAGGUCGCCAGCCAUUUCCUGAAGCGCACGUUCCAGCUUCCCAAGAGGCGGUAACUGCUGACCAGGCUCGCCGGAUCUUUCCAUACUUGCAGCCAGGGCGUGUGUGUUGCAGACAUCAUUUUGCAUAUGACAUGGGGUGUGUGUGUAUUACAAGUAUUUGAAAACAAAUAUGCUUAAAUCAUUUUCAGCUUGUAGUUUUCAUUGCAGGAGUGAAGAUCGAGGGAAGAAUUUGUCUGAAAUUUGGGAAAUGAAGUG